AUGCAGAUAAAGAAACCACAGGUAGAUUUCGACGAACUUAUGGAAUUUAUCCAGAGAACUGGAAUUUGUAUGUUGGAUACCUUCCAAGGUUACAGUCGUCAAGAAAUCUCCGGUUUUUCUUCCUUCGUUGAACGAGUUCAAAAUACCAUUUUACUCAAUUUAAAACGCGUCCAUGCAAACCAUGGAGAUUAUCAACGAACUGUAGGAAUCAACACUGGACAUAUAGAAACUGUAGAUUUCGAUAAUAUGGUUUAUGCCGAUAAGAAAUUUAUUGAAGAGAGGGGUUAUAACGGCACAAAAGCUUUCCUUCAAUAUCACGUGAUCAUUAAAGAUAUGAUCCCAGAUGUAGAAAUACGCAGAGACUCAAAACCGGAAGUAGGGAACCACAUGACAGGAUGCUGA